AUGUAUUAGAUUGUUUGGAUUGUAAUAUAAAAACAGUUUGUGUAAAAUGUACAAGUUGCUAAAAUAUUAAGUAAUAAAUUUUGGCUAUGCCUUAGAUUUUUUAAAUACGGAGACCUCAACACAAUAACACAAUGUAUUUGUGGGGCAAAGCAAAGAAUAUUUGAAUGCUUGUUUUGUAAAUGUCCUUAAGCAAUUAAUGGGGGGAAUCUAAAAUAAAGUUCAAGAAUCAUUUGUUUCUCUUGCAAAAAUGGUUUUUACAUUGUAAAUUGUCCUGGAUGCAAAAAUAUGAAAAUACUGAAUAAUGCGAACGAGAAGAAUUACUGCGAAAAUUGCAAUUCACAUUUUUAGAUUGAUGAUUGCAAAAUUUGUUAGGAGGAUGCGUUUUCAAGAGAUUUAGUUGAACCCUUCAUAUUCAGAUGCUCAAAUAAUCAUCAAUAUUAAAGACUCAUAUGUUUGCAUUGCAAAAAACCAAAUAAAUUAAAUAUUACUAACAAUAAAAGCUAUUUGUGCCAACAUUGCAAUACUAAAAUGAAACAAAUUUCAUGUCUGUGUGGUUAGAAACAGAUAAUGAGAAGGGCUGAAAAUAAUUAACUUUAACGAUUUAAUUGCUUAGGCUGCAGAUUGGACUAUCUAAUUCUGAAAUGUAAUACCUAAGAUUGUCUUGGAGAGCUUCUCAAAUUAGAUAGACCUCAAAUGAGACCUUCUGAAUUUGGACCAUUCAUUGAAAUUGUGAAUUCCAUAUGUUUCUAAUGUAAAAUAGAACAAUUUAUCCCUUCGUGUUUAAGGUGUAAUAUGCUACAGGAACCAUUCAGUCUACAAAUGAAUAAACCAACUAGGUGUAAAGGAUGCUAACAAGAAUUUAUUGAUUCCAAAUAUCGUGAAUGUGUUGUUUGUGUUAGUCAUCUAGCAGAUUCAAUACUCAUGCCUUGCAAACAUGUUUGUGUUUGCAAUUCAUGCCUGUAAGGCCUUACUUUUUGUCCUAUAUGUCGAAGGGAUAUAAAAGAUAGAUUUAAAAUUUUCUUAAAUUGA